UUGAUAUCAAAAUAUAAACAAUGUCGCUGGUCGCUGAUUAUAGCGAUUCCUCUGAAUCGGAUGAAGAAAGCGGUAGUGAACACGAAGAGAAAACCAAAUCAGAAAGCCCGCCACCCGCACAAAAACCAUCUAAGUUGCCCAGUGCCAGCGCUGCUCUGGACAAUGCAGCCACCAAAAAAGCAGGCGAUGUUUUCAGCAAUCCGUUCCUUGAGGCAGAACUGCACAAGAAAGCUUCGUUGGAGCGCCACGUCAAAAUGGUCAACAACGAUACACAUUUGCAGUUGAAAAAUGGCCGCAAAAUCUGCUGGAACUAUAGAAAGGGUCGCUGUCGUUUUGGCACAAGCUGUCAAUAUGCCCACGAUUCGGACUUAUCUUUAGACGCUGCGGAUGGUAAGGAAGCCAAGGCGGAAACGGCAACAGCACCAACAUUCACCAACCAAUCCAGUACGAGCAACAAACGAAAGCGUCCAGGACUUGGCGAUUCCAUACAGCCAGGCAAACGCGUCAUAAAAUCGUAUCAACAGCAGCAGCAUCAAGGAACUGGAGCACGACGCACUCCCUACUAAAUGACACCAGCAUCUGUAAUGCGCAACAAGCAGCUGCCUUCGCUGAUACCGAAGCUGUUGUUUAAUAUUCUCAGCAAUCGCAAAUCAUUGUUCGACUCAUCUGGCAACUCGAAUGCCAUUGACAGCGUACAUACGGAGUCCCAAUAGUCGCCCAGCAAGUUACCAUCCUCUGGUGCCUCUGGACUGCAUUGAGUUAGAUAAUCCUCAUUAUCGUCAUCAUCAUCGACUGCCCCUAUAGAAAUAUAUUAUUGUAAAUAAAUGUAAAUCAAAACCAUA